AUGUCGGACAUUGGAGACUGGUUCAGAAGCAUCCCUUUUGUCACCCGGUACUGGUUUGCUGCCUCGGUCGCUGUUCCCCUUAUUGGGAAACUAGGAUUGAUUAAUUUCAGGAACCUCCUGCUGUUUCCGGAGCUGGUCUUUAGCAGAUUUCAUCUCUGGAGACCAGUGACAGCCACCUUGUAUUUCCCAGUAACCCCUUCUACUGGGUUUCUGUACCUGGUCAACCUCUAUUUCCUCUACCAGUACUCUUCUCGGCUAGAGACAGGGGUGUUUGAUGGCAGACCUGCAGACUAUAUCUUCAUGCUCUUGUUCAACUGGAUCUGUAUUGUUAUAACUGGGUUGCUGAUGAACAUGCAGCUGCUGAUGAUCCCACUGAUCAUGUCAGUGCUCUACGUCUGGGCUCAGUUUAACAAAGACACGAUUGUGUCCUUCUGGUUCGGAACACGAUUCAAGGCACAUUAUCUACCUUGGGUCAUCCUGGGCUUCAACUUCAUCAUUGGAGGCUCGUUUGUGGACGAACUGACAGGGAACCUGGUGGGUCACCUCUACUUCUUCCUCAUGUUCAAAUACCCUGUGGACCUGGGAGGACGCUCCUUCCUCUCUACACCAGAGUUCUUGUAUCGGUUCUUCCCUAACAGGAGGGGAGGGGUGUCAGGCUUUGGAGUCCCUCCCACCAGGAGACCAGCUGCCCAGGAGCAUGCGGGAGGAGGCGGGGGAGGAGGACGUCACAACUGGGGCCAAGGCUUCCGUCUGGGGGAUGAUUGAGAGGAGAGGAGAGGAGAGAGCGCCAACCCCCUCCCCCCCUCC